CGGCACUCCCCCAAACUCCGCAGACGAUUCCAAGUUCGAAGUCGAGAUGGCCCGUACGAAGCAGACCGCCCGCAAGUCCACCGGCGGCAAGGCCCCACGCAAGCAGCUCGCCUCCAAGGCGGCGAGGAAGUCGGCCCCGACGACCGGCGGCGUGAAGAAGCCGCACCGGUACAGGCCCGGCACCGUCGCGCUCCGCGAGAUCCGCAAGUACCAGAAGAGCACGGAGCUGCUGAUCCGCAAGCUGCCCUUCCAGCGCCUGGUGCGCGAGAUCGCGCAGGACUUCAAGACGGAUCUCCGCUUCCAGAGCCACGCCGUGCUCGCGCUCCAGGAGGCCGCCGAGGCGUACCUCGUCGGGCUCUUCGAGGACACCAACCUCUGCGCCAUCCACGCCAAGCGCGUCACCAUCAUGCCCAAGGACAUCCAGCUCGCCCGCCGCAUCCGCGGCGAGCGCGCCUAAGCUAUCGGCGUGCAUGGUCUCCGAGAUUAAUGCGCCGUAAUCUAGUUGAUUGAUUCGCUUCUCGUUUUAGUUCCGUGUUAAUUAGAUCGUGAUAGGAAAGCUCGUUUUCGUUGUAAUGAUCUCGCGAUAGCUUGAUCAAGACUUGUUCGAUCUUUUGGUUUGCCCUAGGUGCAAACAGAUGCUAUACAAUAUUACUAU